AUGUCCGAGUCACCCAGAUCCGAAAAGGACUUGUGCCUUACGAGGUUCAGCACACCGGUUCCUGAAUUGGAUGAUCAUCGAUUCCAGUUGGAUGCUGCGCUGCACGCGGAACCCGCUCUGAACCACGCGUUGAGCAGACAAAAUACUGCCCAAGGGGUUGGCCCUGAGGCAACUCCCCAGCGUCCGGAUCUACUGCAUGUUCAAGACGCAUUCCGUGAGCGAGGAUCUAUUUCCCGGGAUUUCGAACAAGCGAUUGUGGACGACGAUCGGUCAUUUAAAGAUGGCCUUGGACGGCGCUUUUCCGUCGAUCCAGCAGGGAACCUCCGCCCAGGCCGUGCUUGGAGCCGUACACAACAGGACAUUGCGAACAUGUCGCGAGAAUCCUCCGUUUCGGCACGGUCAACUUCUCCUCCCAACUCUGUUGAAGCUUUCGCCGACCCCCGCCGCCGCGAACGCGCGAACACCCUAGAGAGCCAUGUGGCCCCGGACUUGGAAGCUAUUCUCCAGCGUACUGUGUCUGGCGGCACUCACCCCCGUCGUCCGACGUUCAGCAAUGCGAGUGCUGUCCGGCCUCAACCAGGCGAUAUCCAAUUGGAUCCCUCCGACGACACGUGCGUCCCUGUUCCAACCUAUGAACAGCCCGGACGGAUCCCUGUCAUUGAUUACGAGGAAUUGGAGGAAUUCGUGGCUCUAAAUAAGAAGACCAAGCCCGCGCAAACCAGGCGCAAGCACAGCCUAAGUUCCCAGAGCAAGAAGCCCCGUGUCUUUCACGACCUGCGCCCCGGUGCCAAACAGGAUGAAAGCAAGCCCUCCUUGAGCAUUGGCCGUUCCUCGUUCGAACUCGAUGCUAAGGAUGCUGAGAAGGUUACCGGCAAACCCGUGAAUGAAAACGAAUUGGUUGAGAAGCUUCAAAACGCAAACGAGCCGAGUCGUUUCGGUUUCUUCUCGUCUGAGUCCCAAAGUACGGUCCACGCCGCGGAACUGGGAGAUCUCGUGCUUCCGGGAGAUACUUUCCGGGAUCUCUUCCAAUUAGGUCCCGAGGGUGGUGUGUGGUGGUUAGACGUUGUCAAUCCUACCGAAUCUGAAGUCCACGCUCUCUCCCGUGCUUUCUCGAUCCAUCCGCUGACAACAGAGGAUAUCUUGACCCAGGAAGCCCGCGAGAAGGUUGAGCUUUUCAAGCAGUACUAUUUCGUGUGUUUCCGGACGUUUUAUCAGAUGGAUAAAACAAACGAGCAGUUCAUGGAACCCGUCAACUUUUACAUGGUGGUGUUCCGUGAUGGUGUCAUCUCCUUCUCUUUCACCGAUAAUCCUCACGCUGCCAAUGUCCGCAAGCGUAUCGGUAGGCUUCGUGACUACGUGUCUCUCAGCAGCGACUGGAUUUGCUAUGCCAUGAUUGACGAUAUUGUGGAUAGUUUUGGUCCUGUGAUUCGGGAGAUCGAAGUCGAAUCCGAGGCAAUUGAAGAUCUCGUGUUCAUUGCGCGGGUCGAUGAUUUCGAGUCCUUCUUGCCUCGCAUCGGUGGACUGCGGAAGAAGGUUAUGAGCUUGAUGCGCCUACUGGGAGGUAAGGCCGAUGUCAUUCGAGGAUUUUCUAAGCGCUGCAAUGAGCAGUACUCGGUGACUCCACGUGGAGACAUUGGUCUGUAUCUGGGUGAUAUCCAGGAUCACGUCGUGACCAUGAUGUCCAACUUGGCCCAUUUCGAAAAGAUGCUCAGCCGUUCGCACACCAACUACCUCGCGCAACUCAACGUCACCAAUCUGGUCUUGGGAAACCAUGUCAACAAAGUCCUCAGCAAGGUUACCCUCAUCGCGACCAUGCUUGUCCCGAUGAACCUAAUCUGCGGUUUGUUUGGUAUGAAUGUUGAGGUGCCAGGGCAGCAUGCUGAAGGCCUUGGAUGGUUCUUUGGCAUUGUGGGAGUCAUUGCAUGUGUGAUUAUCCUCAGCGGUCUUGCUGCUCGCUGGUAUAGGCUUGUAUAG